AGAAAAAUCAAAAUAAUAAAUAAACAACGAAACGUGUCCGGAAAGGAAACGCCCAUUUUCUGUUGAAUUACAAUUAUUACCUAGCCCCAGAAAUGAGUGAACAUGAAUACUAUGGAGGAGUUGAAGGAGGAGCCACAAAGUCUAAGAUGGUUUUGAUCAGAUCUGAUGGAAAGAUUGUUGCAUGGAGUGAAGGACCAUGUACUAAUCAGUGGCUGAUUGGUCAAGAGGAAUGUCUGAAACGAGUGAAUGAUAUGACACAGGAAGCUAAGAAAUCUGCUGGGUUAGAUUCAGAUAAACCAAUUAAAUCUUUGGGUUUAUGUAUGAGUGGAGCUGACCAGAAAGAAGCACAACAACAGUUGAUAGAUGGAAUGAAGUCAAAAUAUCCCAAUGCAAGUCAAGAUGUGUCUGUAUCUAGUGAUACAACGGGUGCCAUAGCAACAGCUACUGCAUUAGGGGGCAUAGUGCUUAUUUCAGGAACUGGGUCUAAUUGCCAGUUAAACAAUGAAGAUGGAAGCAUGUAUAGGUGUGGUGGUUGGGGUCAUCUCCUUGGUGAUGAAGGAUCAGCUUACUGGAUUGCACAGAGAGCAAUAAAGACCAUAUUUGACCAUGAGGACAAUCUUUGUGUAUGUCCAUUUGAUUGUACAUAUGUGUGGAAUACCAUCAAGACAUAUUUUAAGAUACAAGACAGGAACCAAAUACUUGGAAGUUUCUACACAAAUUUUGACAAGUCGUUCAUCGCAGGGAUGUGUAAAGAAUUAGCAAGAGGUGCUUCAGAAGAGAAGGAUAAAUUAUGUUUACAGUUAUUCUGUGAUGCAGGAGAUAUUCUUGCCAGACAUAUUGUUGGCUUGGAACCAAAGAUAGACCAGUCUCUGCUGGAUGGAGAAAAUGGUCUGAAUAUUGUGUGUGUUGGUUCUGUAUGGAAGAGCUGGGAUCUUCUACAACAAGGAUUUACAAAUGUUUUAAAGACAAAUUGUGACAGAAUACAAAAAUUUUGUCUCCUUGAUCUGACCCAAUCAGCAGCUUUAGGAGCAGCCUGUCUCGGUGCCAAAGACGUUCAGUUUACACUUCCCAUGGACUAUAGUGCUAAUGCAACAAUCUUACAUAAAGCUGUAUUAUGAUAGAUGAUUGGAACAUCAAGAGAAUAAACAGUUUUCGGACCAAUCUACAUUACCAAUGGACAAAUAGUUUUAAUGCUAGUAUUACAAAAAAUAUUAUUCAAUGCUUCAGGGACAUAUUUCGUACCAUGCUGAAUGAUCUAAAACUUUUAAUGGCACAGAUGUUGAUGUAAUUUUUUUAGUAAAAAAUAUGAUAAAAUGUUUAUAAUGAACCUGAAAAUCUAUGUAAGUUGAUACACUGUAUAUCAAACUAAAACAAAAAAGAAUUAUAUAAGAAAAGUUUUUUGCUUAUAAUGCUGUCUUGUCAUACUAAUUAUGUGCUCCUAGCUUAAUGUUUUUUGUAUUAACCAAAUUUGGAUAAUUUUUGAAUUCUUUGUAAAAGAUUUUACACCAUUGGAAAAAUUAUCUAACAAAUUGUUUUUAUGAUAAUGUCUACCAUACCAUUAUGCAUCUUCUGAUUACCUAGUGAUUUAGGCCAUUAAAUUAAAUUUAUAAGAGUUCUUUAAAAAGACACGCUGCAUACAAAUUGUAAAAAGAUGUUGUCAUGAUCACUUAAACUAUACAAUAUUCGGAGACAAACUUCUAGGAAUAUGAAAUUCAUGAAUUAGAGGUGUUUAAUUUAACAAGUAUGGCACUAUACAUUUUGUAAAUGCUUAAAUAAUGUUUUUACGAAGGAUUUACAAAAAUUUAAGACAAUUUGCAACAGAACUUAAAAUGUUUGUCUCCUUGACCCUAAUCAUUUGGUCUCAGUGAAAAGUUGUCUCAUUGACAAUCAUACCACCUCUUCUUAUUUUUAUAGUUAUAGAUACAAAAUAGGCUUCUUUGAUCUUUAAUGCUAACAAAAGGCGGUUUUUGGACAUAGUUCUUGGUGCUAUUAUUUUUAAUUGAUAUACUUUUGCUAAGGAUUUUAUACAGUUAAAUGUGUUAUUUAUUGAUUUUGAGUUAUAGUUCAAUGAGCCAAGGGGUUCACUGAGCCAAGGUUGUAUUGCAAAGUUGUAUAAAAAAAAAAAAAAAAAAAUUUAACGAUAAAAAAUAUUUUAUUCAAUUAUUUCCUGAUAUAUCAAAAUUUGUGUCAUAGACAAUUUACUGUAUCUUGCCCUUUAGGGAACUCUACCAACAAGACAUUUAGGAGUGUCAUUAGUUAUUUAUUUAAUAGAAUUAAAUAAGACUUUAUAUUUUAUGAUAUCAUUAAUUAUAUUAUGUAGUGCUUUCUGUCUCUGACUUUACUAGCUUUGCUUAACAUUGCCAGUUGUAAUUUUAAUGUAUAUUUUGUUUUUAAGUUUGUUAUGCAAUUGUAUGGGUCAUUGUAUAUAUAUUUAUAAGCCACAUGAAUCUAUAAGAUUAAAAAAUUCAGCUCUUAAUCAAAUGGUGAAAUCCUAAUUCAGUCAUCUCUUACAUUUAAAAAAACAAUGAGCAAUAUGUUGAUAUUAUUAUGUUUUGUUCUAUUUUAAUUGUGAUGACUUUAUACAUAGCAGGGGAAGGUGCAAUGCAACUUUUAUCAGUUUUUGAAAUGCUAAUAACAUAAUGUGUCUGAGGACAUUGAACAUUGAACAUACAUUUUUAAAAGUUUUAAGUGUGAAUAUAAUAUUUCUCCAUUCAAAACUCAAGGAUUAGAUACUUGAUAAACCUUGGUAAAUUAAACAUUUUUUAUUGGUCUGUCUCGAUAAGUGUUACCAUUUAUCAAUGAAGAAAAACUUUACUAAAAAAUGCCUUUCUAGGUUCUGCCAUAUAGCAUUACUGUAAAUUCAGAAUUUAUUGUGUGCAUUUAUUAUUGUGAUUUUGUAAUUUUAGACCAAAAUGCGAGUUCAAUUCAUUCUAUUAAAACCUGUCCCAAUUUUAGCAAUAAUAAAACCUCACAAUAAUGUAUAAAUUUACAGUAGUUACUUUCUGGGAUAUUAACCUUUUAGUUUCUAUAUAUGAUAAUAAUAUGAUAGCUAGUAAAGGUUAUGGUACAUUAUUCAAGGAAAAGUAGAGGCUAGAGAUGAGGAAAGAAUAAUCAAUUCAAUGUCAAAUUUGUUGAUAAUAUUGCUUGAUAAUGAAUUUACAAUUUUACAUAUAACAUGUUAAUUAGACUAUGUUAGACUUGUAGUAAAGCAAUUUAAAUAUU